AAACAAUGUCUUCCUAAAAUACCUUCCAGUAAAGUUAUGUCAAAAUUCUAUUAUAGAAAUCCAUGUCGUUCAUGUUAAAUUUCAUAUAAAAUGAUAACUAUAAGUCUAUCAUUAUUGUGUACUGUUGUAUUUAGAAGGUUUUUGGAUUCAUAUUCUGGCAGAAUCCCCAAAGUUAUUCCUACAAGCAACUGUAAUGUAACAAGCACAAUGGUUAUCCUAUCUGGGGCUCUCUACUAUUUAUAUUCGCAUCUACGUAAGGGGACAUUGGUGAGAAUCGGAACCAAAAACCACCUCAACUUGCACAAGAUAUCGUCAUCGCAAUGCGGAAUUCAAAAGCGAAAAUCGCAAAAAAAUGUUGGUUGGUUUUUCCGAAACGCGCAUUCUUGCAAGAGCAGGUGCACGGAAGCACUUUACAGGGUUGCCAAGCAAUCCUACGACUCGCUGCUCAAAGCCACUAAAUCAAAAGACGACAACGUUUCAAAUUCGACGUGCUGCAUCAAAGAGGCCACUUCUCAGCCAUCUUGCAACGCCAUUUACGACCACCAGGAUUACCGUGUGAAAGAGCAGGUGGACAGAUCGGUGCAGAACAUCAUAUCGGCCGAUCAGAUGAAAGCAGACGGUAAGAAAAUCAAGAGGAUAUCAUUCAAAUUGGACGAGGACGAAAUCAAGCGAAUCCCGAGCCUACCGAAAUUGAAGAGAAACAAAAAGGUUCGUCAAAAAUCAGUUAAAAUCACUAGGAAAACACGGAGCGGGAGGAUCUAUAGCAUAUAUCUAUAGUUUACCACAUCAAAAUUUAAUUGUUUUAAAGUUGAUUGAAAAUAUACGAA